CAAAAUCACAACAAAAAGACAUCUGCUCGUGAAAUUCUGUGAUUUUCCUGGAAAUUCCCUGAUUUUCCGCUGUAGUUUUCUACUUUUGUAUCGUGUGUAGUGAAAUAAGAUAAUGGUGCAGCAAAUGGAGGAGCUGAAGGACGAAGAUCGUCCCUCAAAUGUGCUGGAAUGGUUCACUGAACUUCCCGAAGUUAUGGAAAUCAUUCGCAGCCUCUCCAGCAUUUACAAGAGUGACUUUGAGAGGGCCCACGAGAAGUAUUCCGAGAUCCUGAGCAGGUAUCAGGAGCAGCCCCAUCUGCUGGAUCCCCACUUGAGUGACUUGGUCACGGAAGUGCUGCGAUACAUUCGGGAGAGUGAAGAUGAGGAGCUUCAGCACUGCGCCUUCAAGUAUCUCUAUCAGCUGUCCAAAGUGCGCACGUACAAGGCUUUCGUGAAGUUCCUGCCGCACGAGAUCAGCGAUCUGGACCUGGUGCUGAAUCUGCUGGAGAAGCAGAGGCUGGAGGAUGCGGAGAACUGGGAGAGCAGAUACAUGCUGCUGCUGUGGCUCUCUAUUCUCGUCCUUAAUCCCUUCCACAUGAGUCGCCUGGACGCCUACUCUUCUGGCGGCGACUUCCUGCCCAAGAUGGAGAGGAUAUUCCGACAGUGCCAGAUGAACUGUGACAGCAAUGACACGUCGGCAGGCGUAGCGGCAUUCCUGUCGGCCAGAUAUCUCGUGCGCAGCGACGUGAAGGACACUUACUUGCCCAGAUUCUUCGACUGGAUCAUCCAACAGAGCGAGAAGGAUGUGGAGUCCAUCAAGAUAGGCCAGUUGUGCGCCAUCUCGGCUAUUCUGAAGCAUGGGAAGAGAGAAGAUCUGCUGCCGCACACGAAUAAGAUCCUCCAGUGGGCGACUGGGUGCAAUUUCAAAGAGUCCAACAACUAUCUGAAGCAUCUGCACUACGUGAAGAUUGUGCAGAGAUUGGGACUGGUGUUCCUGAAGCCACGACUGGCCAGGUGGCGAUAUCAGAGAGGCUCCAGAUCAAUUGUGGCCAAUCUGACAGAGCCUGGCGUCCAGGACAACGCGCCAGUGGCGGAUUCCUUUUCCGGCGGCGAUGUUCUGCAGCACCAGGAGGAGAUUGUGGUGCCCGAUGAGCUUGAGGACAUCAUCGAAGAGCUUCUGCAAGCGCUGCGCAGUGCCAGCAAUGCCGUUCGCUGGUCAGCGGCCAAGGGAAUCGGCAGGGUGACCAAUAGACUGCCCAAAUCACUGGGAGACGAAGUUGUGGCCACGCUCAUUGAGGUCUUCAAUCCUCUGGAGCAGCACGAGACGUGGCACGGCGGUUGUCUGGCGAUGGCGGAGCUCGCAAAGCACGGCCUUUUGCUUCCUCAUCGCCUCUCCACGAUGGUUCCCAUCCUCCUGCAGGCGCUGAUGUACGACGAGAUGAAGGGCUACAUGUCUGUGGGACAGCACAUCAGGGAUGCCGCAUGCUACAUGAGCUGGGCCUUCGCGAGAGCCUACAAUCCCGUCGAUCUGCAGCCAUUCGUGCAGAAGAUCGCCUCAGCUCUCUUGGUGACGACGUCUUUUGACCGGGAGAUCAACUGCAGGCGCGCCGCGUCGGCCGCUUUCCAGGAGAGCGUCGGCAGACUGGGAAACUUCCCGCAUGGCAUCGACAUUCUCACCAGAGCGGACUUCUUCUCGGUGGGCAUCAGGAACAAUUCCUAUCUGGUGGUCAGCGAUUACAUUGCACAGUUCCCAGAAUACACCAGACCGCUGAUUGAUCAUCUGAUUGAAAAGAAGGUGAAUCACUGGGAUUCAUCGAUUAGGGAACUCACGGCCAGGACGCUCAACAAGCUCACCAGGCACGAUCCCAAGUACAUGAAGGAGGAAAUCAUUCCCAAACUCUUUGAUCUCACGGACUCCAUGGAUGUGCACACGCGCCAUGGAAGUGUCCUGGCCAUUGGUGAGAUUGUCCUGGCGCUGAAGACAAUUGACCAGGAAUUGAUUACGGCGGAAAUCAGUGAGAAACUGAACGGAUUGAUUGAAAAGUUCAGCGGCAGAGAGCAAUUUCGGGGAAUGAGCGGAGAGAUUAUGAGACCGGCGUGCACGGACUUCGUGAGGAACUGCAGUCAGGCUGGUAUUGAGGCCACGGAUCAGUGUCUCUCGUCCUGGCAAGCGCUAAUAGACAAGUGCUUGACAAACAAAAAUGCUCAAAUCAGGGAAUCCGCCAUUGGCGCUCUGAAGCCUCUCUGCGAGACCUUCUAUUCAGUUUCCGGAAGAGAGGAGCGCAACGCUGGCGUGAUUGAGAGUUAUCUGAAGGGUGCAGAAAAUGAUCUGGAAGAGAACAUCAGAAUGGGCUUCUUGGCAGCCCUUGGAACACUCCCGAAAUUCAUGUACUUGCAGAAGUUCGAUACGAUUCUCAAUGUCCUCACGAAGCAGUGCUUGAUUCCAAUUCCUGCCGCUUCCGGGGAGAAUCCUGUGACGGUGAAGUGGUCAGAGGCGCGCUGUGAGAGUGUCAAGGCGCUGACGAAUAUGGUGCUGACGAUGGGAUUCGAUGGAGAGCAGCAUUUCGGCAGGCCGGAGACGCUGCAAAGGGUUUUUGACUGUCUGCUUAAGGCUCUUGAGGAGUACACUCUGGACAACCGCGGAGACAUUGGCGCCUGGGUGAGAGAGGCGAGCAUGAACGGAUUGUUCGCCAUGAUCACCACUUGUCCUCCGGCUUUGCUGCGGCCAGAAGUCGUGCACGAGAUCAUGACGCACUUCUGCCAGCAAGCAGUGGAGAAGAUCGACAGGACUAGAGGUCUGGCGGGCAGACUCUUCUGCAAUCUCGUUCACCAUGAACCGGCGAUUCCGCACGUUCAGGAGCACGACCGCCUGAAGGAGAUCUUCCCGGAGGACAGCAACACCGUUCGCUGGCUCUUUGCCGAUCAUCCUUUCCUGCUCUUCUGCGAGAUGCUCACUCUUCCCGUCUAUUCGCCGAGUAUUCUGCUGGGAUUGUCCGCCAGCAUUGGUCAACUCACGGAAUCUCUGAUCAAGUAUUCAUCUUCAACAUUUUUCCAAUUCCUGAAAUCUCAUCCGGAUCACGUGAAGCGCAUUGGUCAGGAGAUUGUGGCUGUAUUCCGGAAGAAUGCUCUCAUCGAGCGCGUCACUUGUCCCAUGCUGAACUUCCUGGACAUUCUGAUCAGCUCUGGGACGAUUGAUGUUCUGCUCUCCGACACGGACUUUCCCGAUGAGAUUUUCCAGCUGGUCAGCGCCGAGAUUGCCGGUCAGAAUAAGCUGUACAAGCUCAUCUCCAGCAUUCACGUCUACUGCCAGCUGAUCCAAGUGCCGCGUCUCUGUCCGAAGAUCCUCACGAAGAUGAUGUUCUUCCUGGGACGCUCGCACGUGCACGUGCGCAAGACGGCGGCCAUGAAGCUCUACGAGGCUUUGAUUGUGCACGGCGAUUCCUCAGGCGUGGAGGAGGAGAACAUGGAGGAAGUGCUUAAUUUGCUGUCUGAGACUAAUUGGGCGCAGGAAAUUGCGGAAGUUCGUCCCAUUCGGAAUGAAUUGUGUCGUCUGUGUGGCGUGAAAGCGCCCGUGACUGUCCAGAAGGGCGCUAAGUGAGCUUAAAUGUUUCCACUUUUGAUGGCAAUAAAGAAGUCACA